AUGGCAUCCCAAGUGCGUCAAAACUACCACAGCGACUGCGAAGCUGCCCUCAACCGCAUGGUCAACUUGGAGUUGUAUGCAUCCUAUGUGUACCUCUCUAUGGUGAGUAUACAGCAGCUCUAAUGUAAUCUGUGAAAACAGGAUAGUGGGGUAACCCUGUGACUGCCUGUUCUACUGUGUGUGUUAAAAGGGGGAGGGGGGGGGGAGUUUGGGUUAAUCAGGGACAGGUUUGACAGCUAUAGUGUUAUUGGUGCAAUACCAGUCUGGAUUUAUUAAAGAUUCCUUAACUUCCUAUUGGAAGACCCUUAGUAGGUCUAAAUGGUUCAGGGCAGAGCAACUUGUACCCUCCCAGUGCUCUUGUAACAAUACAGCUAUUUUUGUAAACCUUAGAAUCCUAAAUUUUUAGAUUCUGGUCACCCCAUAUUCUGUUUAUACUGAUCCUAUUUGGAUCGUUGUAGUGAAAUACAUUGUUUACGUACUGAGACUGUUUUGGUAAUAAAAUAUAGAAUCCACCCAGCACACUGUCUUCUGUACUCGCUUAUACUGUGUAUCAAAACAAGAAUCAGUCUCCACCCACUGUGUGCUGUGCUCAGUAUUUUUCCAUUAGACUUUGCUCCUCCGAUCUCCUGUAUGUAAUAACAGGAUGGGGUGAGUAUUGAAUACACCAGGCCCCAUCUAGAUGAUUCUGGCUUCUGCAGUUAAACAAACAAAACAAUUCUUAUUUCCCAUACACCCUUGUUAUAUAAAACUUCAUGCUUAACAUAUGACACUGUAAAAUGAGGAAGUUGUAGUUUAUUUUUAUUGCUUCUUACAGGGUGUGUUUCUGUGUGACAGUCUGACGUACAUGCCAAUCACAUGGGGGGGGGGGGAUGUGCACAUGUAUGGGUCAUUCAAAUGGGAAGACUUGCCUUCCCUCAACUGCAUAAAUGUAUGUAUUGGUCAUCUAAUAACUGACAAAAUGAGUGCUUAUUUUAUUUUUGUAGAGAUUAAAUGUUGUGUGUGUGUGUGUGUGUGUGGGUUUUUUGUUUCGGUUUUAACAAAUGUAGUAAUCCUAAUCAAGAUUACACGAAUAGACACUCAUUAAGAAAAAUAACUUAAGAAAAAAAACAAACAGUCUGCAUGGGAUGGUAAUAGUAUGUGCUGCAAAUGGAGAUGUAUCUGGGUGAGGAAUAUUAACAGAACCACUAGAAAACAAAUGGAAUUUAAAUUGCCUAGAAUGUUUGCAUCUGACAAUUUCCUCCCACGUGUUCCAAUGGUACUGGGGUGAAACAGGCUAGAUGAUAUCUACCUAACAAUAUUUUAACAAUAUGCAACCUGAUUACUUUUCCAGUCCUACUACUUUGACCGUGAUGAUGUGGCUCUGGAGCAUGUGGCCAAGUUCUUCAAGGAGCAGAGCCAUGAGGAGCGGGAGCACGCAGAGAAAUUCCUCAAAUACCAAAACAAGCGUGGGGGUCGUAUUGUCCUUCAGGAUUUGAAGGUGAGGAAGAGGCGUUUAGUGGCCUGAACUGGAUGGGUAAUGGGAUUUCCACUGGUAUAGCAUCAAACAUGCAAAGGGUUUGUCUUGACCAGCUUCCCAGAAAUCUGGGAUCCAGGGGGUGAGUUAAUGGGAGUGUAGGCAUUCAAAUCUGUUUGCUGCAGGAGUAGAGCUUCAAGGAAGAGAAGUAUAUGUUCGAACAGGGUUAUCUCCAGAAGGGUAUUGAACCUGAAAACACUGGUUCAUGGAUUGCAGGAUAAAACUUGCCAUGAAAGGUUAAAGGGUCUUAACAUGUAGGGAUCGACUGAUUAUUUAAAAAAAAAAAAAAAAAAUGUAUAUAUCCUAUCUAUCGGCUGAUCGCUUGCCAAUAUUCUGUAUAUUUGCCAUAUUUUUCUCAGUGGUAAAUGCACAAAAUAGACAUGCAAGUCAGGUGGUGUGUUGUGUGGGUUUGUUUUUUUUUUUUAAUUUAUUUUUUUUUUCUCCAAGAAUAUUUGUAUGUAAAUAUAUGCAGUAGAAACUCCUCUCCACCCCUUACCUGUCUUACUGCACCCUCCCUCUCCCUCACUUCUUUUAGUGGUCACCUCCACCACAGUGUUCCUUUUCCGUGCCCUCACCUAGUGGUUCAUCACACCUCUCGUUCCCCUCUCUCCCCUCCUUGGUUCCCCACUCCCUGGAGUAUGUGUCCUGGUAGCGUGGCUGAGCAGUGCGCACCAUGGUACACGUGUGUCUCUCUUGUACCUGGCUGGACUGACAGUAAGUGCUCUCUCAGUCCGGCCGGGUACAGGAAACAUAAGUUCCUGUACCGCAGUACGCACUGCUCCACUCGGCCAUGCCGCACAGAGUGCCUAGCAGGAGGGAGCACUGUGCGCCCACCUCCUGCCAGUCACUCUAUUCUAGCGCACCCCCCCGGCCGGUGUGCCCUAAGGCAGCUGCUUGUGCAGCUGCCCACUUAUUCAUUAUCCAUAUUUCUGGUGAUUUAUCAACUGAUAAUUAAAAAAAAAAAAAAUAAGAAUAUCAGCUGAUAAUUGCUUGAUCCCUAUUAACAUGUAUAGCUUGGAGAGACUGGGGAUAUGAUAGGAACAUUUUAAAUGCAUAAAGGGAAUCAACAUAGUAAAGGAGACCUAUCUCUCACCAGUAAUACUGAUCAUGAAUAAGUGGGCCGGAGCAUCCAUAAGGCGGCACAAGCAGCUGCCUUGGGUAGUGUGUGUUCUCUAUCCACAACAAGAGGACAGUCUUAAAUUAGAGGGACAAUAGUUUAAAAACUAUUCCAGGAAUUGCUUUACAGAGAGGGUAGUGUACACAUGGAAUUGCAUUCUAGCUGAAGUGGUAGAGUUUAACCGUUUAAGCAUGCAUGGGGCAGGCAUAAGGCUAUCUCAGACUUAAGAUAAGGCCAGGGACUAAUGAAAGUAUUUGGGCAGAUUAGAUGGGCUGACUGGUUCUUGUCUGCCGUCACUUUCUGACUACAUCAGUGCUGUGAUUUUAAGUUGACAUUGACUUCCCAACUCUUUCGAAAACCAAUGAAAUCACAAGGACAAUUGAAGAGAGUUCUUAAAAUUGGUGUGGUGUUUGUGUGUGGGGUGUGGGUUUUUUUUUUUUUUUUUUAAACAGUCGGCUAAAUCUAAUUAUAUGAAUCAUUGCAUUGGUUAACUUGCACCGUUGAGUCACUGACACACAGAGCAGGUAGUUACCUGUAUCUUCAAAGAUGCAGCGUAGACACAUGCAAUUAGUUUAUGUCCAAAGUGCUUCAGAUUUCUGAAAAGUGGCAAAACUGAGGGAGGUAAAAUUAAGGGAAUGAUAUCAGGAAUCUAACCCUACCACUAACCCAGGUAGGGUUAGUGAAUUGCCGAAAGGAAUUGUAUUUCCCAUCCCUAAUGCAGGGAGCUCAGACCUUGUCCGAUCAAGGACAGUCUACCUGCACUGUCCAAACUGGUGACCAGGAUAUACACAUUCCUGGUGAAAAAGAGGUUCUAGAUUAUCAUGUAGUGCCUUACUCCUUCUCAAAUGAUUAGAGCAUAUAUACAUAUAGAAAGAAGUUGGGAAUUAAAAUCCAGUUUAUCAAGAAGUCUUCAGCACUUUACAUCUAAAAUACAAAUUAACCAGCUAUUUAACUUAGUUUUCUGCAAUUUAUAUUCCCACCAGAAACCAGAGCGUGAUGAAUGGGGCAACACCCUGGAAGCCAUGCAGGCUGCCUUGCAGCUGGAGAAGACUGUGAACCAGGCUCUUCUGGAUCUGCACAAGCUGGCAUCUGACAAGAAUGACCCUCAUGUAAGUGUUAAACCCCUCCUUCACUUUAUUUUGGGGUGCGGGGUAGGGGAGAUUGUCUUUAUACAUGUCCUAUAACGAGCAAGCCUGAACUCCCAGUUGUAUGGUGAACAGUUUGUACUGCUCCUCUCCAAACAUGCUGACAAUAUUGCUUCAUGUUGCAGCUGUGUGACUUCCUGGAGUCAGAAUACCUGGAUGAGCAAGUCAAAUCUGAGAAACAACUUGGCGACUACAUCACCAACCUGAUACGUCUUGGGGUGCCACAGAACGGCAUGGGCGAGUACCUGUUCGACAAGCACACCUUGGGAGAGAGCAGUUAA